GCGGGGGCGGGAGCGGGGGCGGGGGCUGGGGGCCCGGGGCGCACCGCCCCCAGCCGCUGCCGCAGCAGCCGCCACCGCCGCCGGUCCUCACAGCCGGAGCCGGACAUCAUGAGACAAGAAUAAUAAUCUUUUCCCCCGUUUUCACAAUGGAGGACUCGGGAAAGACUUUCAACUCCGAGGGGGAAGAAGCUAACUAUUGGAAAGACCUGGCUAUGACCUACAAGCAGAGGGCAGAGAACACUCAAGAGGAACUCCGAGAAUUCCAGGAGGGAAGCCGAGAAUAUGAAGCUGAAUUGGAGACGCAGCUGCAACAAAUUGAAACCAGGAACAGGGACCUGCUGUCAGAAAACAACCGCCUUCGCGUGGAGCUGGAAACCAUCAAGGAGAAGUUUGAAACGCAGCAUUCUGAAGGCUACCGGCAGAUCUCAGCCUUAGAGGAUGACCUUGCCCAGACAAAAGCCAUUAAAGAUCAACUUCAGAAAUACAUCAGAGAGCUGGAGCAAGCCAAUGACGACCUGGAAAGAGCCAAACGGGCCACGAUCAUGUCUCUUGAGGACUUUGAACAGCGCUUGAAUCAAGCCAUUGAAAGAAAUGCCUUCCUGGAGAGCGAACUGGACGAGAAGGAGAAUCUCCUAGAAUCUGUUCAGCGACUGAAGGAUGAAGCCAGAGAUUUGCGGCAAGAAUUGGCUGUGCAGCAAAAGCAGGAGAAACCCAGGACCCCCAUGCCCAGCUCUGUGGAAGCUGAAAGGACAGACACAGCUGUACAGGCCACUGGUUCCGUGCCAUCCACCCCCAUAGCUCAUCGAGGACCCAGCUCUAGCUUAAACACACCUGGGACGUUCAGACGUGGUCUGGACGACUCCACUGGGGGGACCCCCCUCACACCGGCGGCCCGGAUAUCUGCCCUCAACAUUGUGGGAGACCUGCUGCGGAAAGUGGGGGCUCUGGAGUCCAAACUUGCUUCCUGCCGGAACUUCGUGUAUGAUCAGUCCCCAAACCGACCCAGUGGCCCAGCCUCGGGGUGGGGGAGCAAGAACAGAGACGGCGGCGACAGGCGGCCAGGCAGCACCAGCGUGCAUCUGGGUGACAAAGGGUUGGGAAAACGCCUGGAAUUUGGGAAGCCGCCUUCAAAUAUUUCCUCACCGUCGCUGCCGUCAGCCCAGGGUGUAGUCAAGAUGUUGCUUUAGGAAACCCACGGAAGCCAAGGCCCCGGUGUCUGUGCAGGAGUCAUUUUACCCUCCUACCCUCUUUAAACUAGGUUUUUGUUUAAGUUAGUUUGAGAAAUACGAGCAAGCAGUCGCACUAGCCAGUGACGGCGGGGCGGGGAUCGCCUGUGGCCCCCGGUGGUCGUCCCCAGGAAAUGCCAUCUCAUAACCCCUGGCCUCCUUGUUGGGGUGUUGCCAGUGGACAGGGACAAAGCGGACCCUCUGGAAAUGGCGACGUGGGCGCCGAGGCUGCCCCAUCAUUUUCAGCAGACCUGAGUCCUGAUUGGUCUUGAGAGGUGUUUUCCAUGACCGGGACACCUAUAAAGGGGGGUCUGAGCCCAUCUCAGGCUCACUCCGGCCCCCACUUCACUGUAGCUUCUUCCAGAACAAAAUCUCCAGUGCUCUUUGGCACAACAGGGAUCAGUGCACUGAAAUCACAUCUAGGGGUGAAGAACAGAACAGGCAUGUACCUUUUAUUUAAACUGUGGUGUGGUGUACCUCUGAGACUUUUUAAUCUGCCUCUCACUGAGGCUUUUAGAGGCAUGCUUGAGUUUCAGAGUACGUUUUGUGGGACCAGGUCAGUGGAAACUCUGUGUCCUCUUUAGACCAAUCCUGGCUGUAAGUUGUCCUGAGCCCCUCUGUCCUGGCCUGGGGGUGACCUCUGCUUCAGGACCCUUAGGGUCUCUGGGGUGUGAUGGCCUUGGUAAUGCAGCCCCUAAGAACAGGACUUCAUUCAAAGCCUUGAUGAAAUAAUUGGGGUGACCUUCGAAUAAGAUUAAACCACCAGGACUGUCGGUGGGAGGUUCCUUAUUAAAGAAGAAACGAACCCAGGAUUUCCACACAGAUGGCAUGCAGCUCAUCCCUGCUGGUUGUGAACGGCCGUCUCACACUUUGGACGCAAGUAAAAAGAACACAUGAAUUCCAGCGCGUGCGUGCAGCUUAACGGCCUUCUGUUACUAAGUUAUUUUUCCAAAAGAACAGCAAAAAUAUCCUUGAGUUGAAAACAGAACUUUUCAAAUGCUACUGAAAUUCAGCAGAGAAUUAAACUUGAGUGCCCACUUCGUUGCCCUGGCAACAUUCUAACCUAUAUCAGUAAAAGAUGUACUUUUAUUUUUUUAAAAGAACAAUAAAAUCAAGAGAAACUGA